AUGACCGUGGUGCCUCAACAGAAGCCUUCCUGGCAAGAAUCUGUCCGCCAGGCCCAAGCAAUACGCGAUCGUUCCAUCGAGAAGGUCGAUGCCACUGUCCUCCCCGGUACAAAUACUGCCAGGGUGAUCGAUGUCCCCAGACAGCACCUCUCGCAGACGGAUCAGGCUAUCACAGAGAGCUCUGCUGAAGCCCUGGUAGCUUCCAUCGCAGCGAGGAAAUUAACUGCGACCGCGGUCACAAAUGCCUUUUUACGCCGGGCUGCAAUCGCCCACAAGUUGACCAAUUGCGUCUACGAGCUUCUCCCCGAGCGUGCCAUUACCCGCGCCAAAGAGCUCGACCACUAUUUCGCCAAGCAUGGAAAGCCCUCCGGUCCGCUGCACGGUCUGCCAAUUAGCAUCAAGGCACAUGUAGGCAUUAAGGGACGAGACCUGUCUGCUGGAUUCGUUGGUUGGCUGGACCGGACGAGCCCGGAUGAUGCGAAUAUCGUCAAGAUCCUUCUGGAUGCAGGUGCAGUUGUUUAUGCGAGAACGACCGAGCCACAGGGAUUGAUGAUGCUUGAAACCUGUAGCAACAUCACAGGCACCACAACCAACCCACACAACACUGCUCUCACACCUGGAGGCUCUUCUGGCGGAGAGUCGGCCCUGCAAGCCCUACACGGCAGCCCCCUUGGAAUUGGCUCAGACAUCGGGGGUAGUAUCCGCUCUCCUGCCGCCAAUUGUGGUCUCUAUGGCCUGAAGCCAUCAACCGGCCGACUCCCACCGGUCGGAGGCUCCGCAUAUUGCCGCGGCUGUGAGACAAUCCUCGGAACACUAGGGCCUAUUUCACCGACUUUAGGAGGCGUUGAAAUUUUCAUGAAGACUAUAAUCGAAUCAAGGCCCUGGGUCAACAACUCCAUGGUGCUCCCAAUCCCGUGGAGGGACCAGGAAAAUUACAUUCAUCAGGAUGGCAAGAAUUUGACUGUCGGUGUGAUGUGGACCGAUGGUGUUGUUACCCCCGCACCAGCGGUCACAAGGGCUUUGAAUGAAGUGGUUGAGCGUCUCAAAUUGGCGAAAGGCGUUGAUGUUAUUGAGUGGAAGGCAUAUCAGCAGAAGGAGGCCCUGGAGAUUCUUACCAGGCUUUAUGCUCCAGAUGGUGGUAAGGCAUUUGCCAAACACGUUGAGUCUUCCGGAGAGCCCUUUAACCCGCUCACGGCUUGGACUUUGCGGGAUACUCCCGGUAUUGAAGAACUUAGCCACCAGGGCGUGUGGGACUGGACUGGCAAGAGGGAAAUGUUCCGCUACGCCUACUUGCAGGAAUGGAACAGUGUCGCGCCGGAAAUGGACGUCAUAAUCUGCCCCGCAUUCCCCACGCCCGCGCCCCUGCAUGGAACUUCGAGAUAUUGGGGUUACACCUCUUUAUUCAACCUGCUGGAUUAUCCGGCCCUCGUAUUCCCAGUUACCAAGGUUGAUCCCGAGAGAGACGCCAAAGAUAUCACUUAUACUCCGAAGAACGAAUUCGAUAGCUGGGCGCACGAGCAUUAUGAUCCGGUGAAGCAGGUGGGUGCACCUGUCUCUUUGCAAAUUGUUGCCAAGAGGCUGGAGGAGGAAAAGUUGUUGCAGGCUUUUAAGGAGAUAAAGGAGAAGAUUGGUCUGCCGUUUGUUGAUUGUCUGGCUUGA